AUGGACCCAGCCGAGGUGCCGAACCAGUUGGAGCCGCGCCGACGCGCCGCGCGCGACCACCAGCCAGCUUUUCGAGGGGCCCGAGGACGGUGGCUGUUCGCAGGCGCGGCGGGCGUGCCGCUCGAUCUACGGCCCCAAGAGGGCAUCGCCAUCCGAUCGGGCCACCACUGCACGCAGCCGCUGCACGCCGAGCUCGUGCGGAGGGGCCGCAGCGCCUACGACGGCUCGGCGCGCGCCUCCCUCUACAUUUACAACACGCACGCGCGAGGAGGUGGACCGGAGCUCGAGUCGACGAUCGAGCUCUUCCGGAGCAUGGAGUAG